AUGCCCAUCUUUUAUGCUAAGAAGGGAAUUGAAGAAGAUGCAAAUGUGGCGCUUGAUAUCGCUUUUGAGACAGUUGAGACUCCUACAUCACAGUGGUUAGAAGUUUUUGAUGGUUCAUGUGAUAAAGUAUAUGAGUGGGAUUGGAUAGCUCGGGGCUUGGCCGAAUUUGGAUUGUCAUGGGCUGAUAUUUUCAGCCCAUUGGCCUGGGCUGGUCCUAAACCAAAGUAA